AUGGCUGCUGCGGAGCUCUCCAUCCCUUAUGAGCAGUUCACCAAAAUCAAAGAACUGGAGUUGAUGCCGGUGAAAGUCUUAGAGGAGGAGGAGGGGGAGGACAAGGAGGAGAACGGAGAGUGUAGAGUGAAGGCGUGUGCGAGCCCCAGUGAGUUGGAGGCCGGGUGUACCAGUGGGGCCUUCCAGGCCGGGAUCCCGGCGGGAGAGCUGGAGCUGGUGCCAGCCACCGCAGAGGAGAGUGACAAGCACAUGGUGACCCUGCAGACGGUGCAGUUCACCUCCCACGAUGUGGAGCUGCCGGAGAUGGACUGGCUGGCACAGCACCAGGAGGAGCUGGAGGUGAUGGUGCCGCAGGCCAACAGCGAGGUGCCCUCGCUGCUGUGGCUCGACAAGGCGCCCCAGUCCACUCUGCACCAGUGUGUCACCAUCAGCAUCCAGGACGAGGUGUUUUCGCUGCAGGAGAUGGAGGUGAUGCAGAUUCACCUUCUGGAGGAGAACAAGGAGGUAGCCAGUGAAGACAGCAAGUUACUGGAGAGCCUGGCUGCAAGCCCCGGAUGCGUAAAGCUUGAGAAAAGUCAGAAGGAAGACCAGCUGUUGGUUGAAGGAGUAGUUGCUGGAAAAACAGAGGAGCAGCUCUUUGUUGUGGAGAUGGAGCCGGGAGAUGAAGGAAGAGAUGAAAUUGUUCUGACAGUUUCAAACUUAAAUGUGGGAAAACAAGAAGAUAAACCUCCCUCCGAUCAAGCAAAUGUCGAAAAAGCCAACUCUGCAAAAACUCAAAGAAAGGCAAAGGGAGGAAAGCAAACUUUCCAUUGUGAUAUCUGCGUAUUCACCUCUUCUCGAGUUUCAAGUUUCAAUCGUCAUAUGAAAACUCACACCAAUGAAAAACCGCACACGUGCCACCUCUGUCUGAAAGCGUUCCGUACCGUCACCCUGCUGCGAAAUCAUGUCAACACCCACACAGGUACACGGCCAUAUAAGUGUGGCGACUGUGACAUGGCAUUUGUCACCAGCGGAGAGCUCGUGCGACACAGGCGUUACAAACACACUCAUGAGAAGCCCUUUAAGUGUCCCAUGUGCAAGUACGCUAGCGUGGAAGCAAGUAAAUUGAAGCGUCACAUUCGUUCUCACACCGGGGAACGCCCUUUUCAGUGUUGUCUCUGUAGUUAUGCUAGUAAGGACACCUACAAGCUGAAACGCCACAUGAGGACUCAUUCAGGUGAGAAGCCGUACGAGUGCCACGUGUGCCACGCACGCUUCACCCAGAGCGGGACCAUGAAAAUCCACAUUCUGCAGAAGCACAGCCACAACGUGCCCAAGUACCAGUGCCCACACUGUGCCACCAUCAUUGCAAGGAAGAGCGACCUGCGUGUCCAUUUACGGAACUUGCAUACAUACAAAGCUACCGAGAUGAAAUGCCGCUACUGUCCUGCCGUAUUCCAUGAACGCUAUGCCCUCAUCCAGCACCAGAAAACUCAUAAAAAUGAGAAAAGCUUCAAGUGCAAGUGCUGCAGCUGUGCCUGCAAGCAGGAAUGUCAUACGACAAUUCACAUAUGUACCCACACUGGAGAAAAACCGUUUGCCUGCCUUUCCUGCAAUAAAUGUUUCCAGCAGAAGCAACUUCCAAAUGUUCGCUUUAAGAAAUACCAUGAUACAAAUUUCAUUCCGACUGUUUAUGAAUGCCCCACAUGUGGCAAAGGCUUUUCCCGCUGGAAUAACAUGCACAAACAUUCAGAGAAGUGUGAAGCGGGGCGAGAAAAGUCUGCUGCCUUGGGAAGGGGAAUGAGAACGAAGAAGAGGAGGCAGACGUCCCCGGGAGCGGGAAAGGAAGACGGUACCUGUGCAUUCCCUUUAUAUUCCUGGGUGCGGGUCGGCCUGGCCGUCUCGGAGGGCAGGUGUGGACUUGGAGGUGCCCACGCUCGGUUACUGGAGAAGUGGGAACAGUUAUCUGCCACCUCACAGAAUCGCGGGGAGCCGUGCACUCACACACUCACACACCCAUGCACACACACAUGACUGGCUCGCCCACGAGACAUUUUAGCAAAGCUGAAUGAUAACCGCGCGCCCGCUGCCCUCUGCCCUUUCAGACCUCCCCUCAGUCCUGUGCGUUGGCGGAGGGCCCCGGGCCUGCUGCAGCCCUGGGGCCCCACUGUCCUCACCCUCUGGCUCAGGGGAGCAGUGUGAGCUCCAGGUGAGCACAGAGAUGGGGUCUCCUGUGCACCGAGUGGGAGCUGGCCUCACCUGGUGCGGGUGCUGCUUUAUCUUCUCAGUGCCUUUCAUCUGAGAAUCUUAGAGAGCACGGCUGACGACAGAAACAAACGGGAAUGCUGGCGUGUCCCGGCAUUCUGCAGCAUUACCUGAAAUUGUUAUGCUGUCCUCCAUCCUUGACUUGCAGCUGCUCCCACGGAUGGCCAGCUAACGUAGAGGAUGCCCAGUUAAAUCUGGAUCUCAGAUAAACAGGCAAUUUUUAGUAUAAAUACGUCUCACACACUCUUUGGGACACACUUACCCUAAAAAAUGAUCUGUUGUGGAUCUGAAAUUCGCAUUUAACUGGGUGUCCUGCAGUGCUUCCCCUUCCUCCUGGUGCAGUGUGGGCUCUGGGGCCCCUCAUUUCUGUAACUGUCAGCAUGCUGCUUGCCUCCCCAUUUUCUGCGCCUCACUUUCUGGCAAACCUCCCACCCUGGAUGUGCCUCAGGUCCUACCUUCUCUACUUCCCUGCCUGUGUAGGCAGCUGGCUUGGUUUUCUUGGGCUGCUGCUCAAAGCAACAGAAACUUACGGUCUCAGGGUUCUGGAGGUCAGCAGUCUAAAGUCAGGAGGAGAGGAUUCUCCUCGCCUGUUCCCACUUCUGGUGAUGCCACGGCCCUCGGGCUUUGCUGUCUGCGCCAUCGCCGCGUGGCCUCCUCUGUCUCUGUGUCCGUCUCCAGUUCUCCCUUCUUACAAGGAUCAAAGGUUCACCCUACUCGGUUUGGCUUCAUCUUAACCAAUCAUGUGGUCAGCAAUCCUGUUUCCAAAUAGGGUCACAUUCAGGGGACUGGGGCUUAGGGCUUGGAUGUGGCUUUGGGGGACACGCUUCAGCCCAUGGCACAGGUCCUGUGGACGGGGAGCCGGCAGGAUGAGGGGCCCUGGUCAGCAUGCGGCCACCAGCUCAGUUAGAACUGUCUGGAAUCUCAGUCCUGCGGGAGUUAAAGUUUACCAGUGAGCACUCGUUACCUGCCAGGCAUUUGUCUGCAGCUGCACACUAAGCUCCUUGUAGCUUCCUGCAGCCUGACGCCUUGGGCACCUACCUCCCAGCCUCAGGUGCAGAGAGUCGAAUCCCAGAGCAGAGCAACCUGCCCCAGCACCCAGGCUGGGGCGACACAGCUACGGCCAGAACCAGAGUCCUUGUUUUGAACCCCUCACCAGAGGCCGUCCCAGGCUG